AUGUGGACACAGUUACAUCAAGAUGCGCUGCGAGAGGCUAUUGAUACAACUCAACAACAGAUAUUACUCACAUAUCCAGACUACACGAAGCCGUUUGAAUUACAGACAGACCCAUCAGAUUAUGCUAUUGGAGGAGUAUUACUACAAGAGAACAGUAUUAUUGGGAUCUACAGUAAGAAACUACUGCCAGCAGAACAAAAUUACACGACGGAAGAAAAAGAAGCAUUGGCGAUUUUAAAAAGUUGUCAACAUUUUCAUACGUACAUUAGUGGAGUUACAGUGAACGUGAAAACCGACCACAAGAACCUACUAGUACAACGAGAAACGCUAAUCAAAAGCAGGGCGGAACGGUUCAAACAACUGUUAGCUCAAUAUGACUUGCGAUUGGAAUAUCUGCCGGGUAAAGACAAUGUAUUAGCAGAUUAUUUAUCUAGACACGUACAUACAGCUGUAAACGAGCAAAACGCAAGUACUAAAGAAAGUGUACUGCUCGUAGACACUCAGAACAAUACAGCAUUGGAAAAGAAAAAUCUAAACUGGGCUAUGAAACAAUUUGAAGCAUUGGGACAUCCAGGAGUAAGGAAAUUCUGCGAAACACUGAAACCAGUUGUUUCCAUUCCAAAGUUAAAAGAAACAAUAAUGCAACACAGACUUAAGUGCAAGCUUUGUCAACGAUACACACAAGCAAGAACUUAUCUAGCAAACAAGAUUCCAUUGGGACAUCUAUCCACAACAGAACCAAUGAAGCAUAUAUCUUCAGAUAUAGUAGGACCGUACGACGUCAAAAACUUCUUACACAAAAACGCAACAAAGAGCAAGUUUUACAUCUUAACCAUAACAGACAGGUGUACAAGAUGGACAGAGGCUUUCAGAGUUAACACUAUCACAGUUACACAACUCAUAAAACAUAUGAUUACAUGGAUCCAUGCACACGGAAAACCAGAUACUGUAUUACACGACCAAGGCAGACAGUACGUAUCUAAGCAAUUUACACAAUUCCUGGAACAACAAGGAAUUACACAAAUUAACACAAGUCCAUACAAUCCAACGGGAAAUGCAAUUUCGGAACGCAUUAACCAAGAAAUAACAUUUGUCUUAGCACACAACCAGAACACAUCCAUAAAGAACGCUAUUCAGAUUGUAAACCGUAGAUUACAAAAUACGUAUCACCGAUCUAUAAACGCAACACCAUUUGAAUUAGUACAUGGAUAUCACCCACUAGACGAAUCUAAAGAACCAAUCAACUUAACGGAAAAAUUACAAUACAUCAAAGACCGAGUUCAACGAAAGAAUGAGGAACAAAACAGCUAUCAAAACCACACACUAAAGGUAGGAGACUUAGUAACGGUUAAGGAACAACAAACAAACAAGUUGGAUCCAAAAUGGUCAAAGAAGCACACCAUUACGGAAAUAAACCCAGCAGGACACACAGUGACACUGAAAACACCGAAAGGUAAAACAAUUCAAAGGAAUCUACAUCAAAUACGAUUGCUUUAA